ACCACCCCAACAUUUUCAAAAGCAAAUUCCCAGAGAGAUGGGAUCAGAAUCAGAAGCAAGAGUGGAAUUUUGUGUGGAAGAUGAGUUUGAAGAUAUGCUACCAAAAAUGGCAGAAAAAUUGGGAGGUGAAGGCCUAAUUAAAGAGCUAUGCAAUGGUUUCAACUUGUUGAUGGAUAAAGACAAAGGUGUGAUCACUUUUGAAAGCUUGAAGUGCAGUUCUUCAUUGCUUGGAUUGCAAGAUUUACGAGACGACGAAUUAAUGAAUAUGUUAAAAGAAGGUGAUUAUGAUGGUGAUGGUGCCCUCAAUCAAAUGGAGUUUUGUGUGUUGAUGUUCAGGUUAAGUCCAGAUUUGAUGAUGGAAUCUGAGGCUUUGCUUGAUCAAGCUUUGCAACAGGAAUUUGAAUCCGAUAUAUGUUGACUUCAAUUCUUUCAUAUGAAAUGAUAUUAUGUUUAUGGAUCUCAGAAGUUGCAAAUGGAAUUAACAUUAGCUUUGAAAUCAUGAAUAAUAUUUUAUAAACUUCGUUAUUA